AUGCACUGCGGCUGCUUGUCCGAGGGCAUCCCUCCCAUCGCCAGCAGCUCCUGGAUCUCAGGCUUGGCCUUCCCUGACUGGGCCUACAAAGCCGAGUCCUCGCCCGGCUCCCGGCAGAUCCAGCUGUGGCACUUCAUCCUAGAGCUGCUGCAGAAGGAGGAGUUCCGCCAUGUCAUCGCCUGGCAGCAGGGAGAGUACGGGGAAUUUGUCAUCAAGGAUCCAGAUGAGGUGGCCCGCCUCUGGGGCCGCAGGAAGUGCAAACCACAGAUGAAUUAUGACAAGCUGAGCCGGGCCCUCAGAUAUUACUACAACAAGAGGAUUCUGCACAAGACCAAAGGCAAAAGGUUCACUUACAAGUUCAACUUCAGCAAGCUCAUCGUCGUCAACUAUCCUCUGUGGGAGGUGCGGGCACCGCCCUCCCCCCACUUGCUGCUCGGCACCCCUGCCCUGUUCCGGCCAGCCCUGGUACCUGUGGGAGCACAGAGUGAGCUCCUGCACAGCAUGCUGUUCACCCACCAGGCCCUGGUGGAGCAGUGGUCGGCACAGCGGCCCCAAGGACCCCCUGAGAUCUCUGGAGAGAAGAAAGGGAGCAGCAGCAGUGUCCACCGACUUGACACCACCCCAGCCCCAUGCCGCUUUGAUUGUCAUUUGAGGAGCCCCCAAGACAAGUUGCCCAGCUUUGCCUCCUUCACCCCUCCCCUGCCACCUCCUCUUCCCUCUGACUGGACCCACCUCUCCAGGCCCUUCAUGCCCCCGCUCCCCACAGAGGGUCAUUUCUUAGGGCCCUCCAAGCCAGAUCCCUUAUUCCCAGGACCUGGGUGCUCCCCAGGGCCCUGGCAUUUUCCAGGGCUUCCUCUGUUGGCUGGGCUGGGACAGGGGGCUGUCGAGAGGCUCCAGCUCCUGACCUUCAGGUCUGAGGGGCUGGAAGAAGAGCCAAACCCCACAAUGGAGGCAAAGGAGUACCUGGGUCCUGGGAAAGGCUUCUCUCCAGAAACCCAUGGACCCAAAUCAGGGGAGGAGAGCCCUGUGUCCCCCAGUCUGGAGAACUUCAAAACAGUAUGGCCUCUGGAUCCUCCCUAA